AUCGUCUGAACUUGGAACGCAGCACUGCAUUGAGAUUUCUGCAACGAUCGAUCUGAGUCAACUUUCAAGAUUUCAAGAAAUCGCCCAAUAGUUCACGUUGUUAGUGUCUGAAGACAUUGUAACUUCAUUAAGAAGCAACAGGACGUAGCAGGACCGGAGUGAAUAUGAAGAAGUUGGCAGCCCUGUGUGCAGUUGUCCUGGUGCUGUGCUUCAACACGUUCCUACUGGAGGGCGCCAGGAUGCACUGUGAGAGCAACGAAUGCCCAGAGGACCACUGUUGCUUGGAAGUUGGGGAGGACUAUAUAUGCACCAAACUACAAACAUUGAAUCAGGAAUGCCAACGUGACGGAUACCAAAGUGUCACCGACAAUCCAGAAGAUCAACAAAAAAUUACGUACGUGGGGAGCUGCCCAUGCGCACCAAGCCUCAUCUGCAACAGAGCUACGAGCAGUGAGGACAGCGACAGUAGCGCCAAUAGCGGAAAUGACGGGGUGUGCCAAACCGAGGAACCGGAAAAAGAUGACGGAGAACCGGCGGAAUGACCAGAGAAUAGUGUCGUUAGGAAGCCGACACCGAAUACGGGUACAUACAAAUUCCGGGCAAGAAUCUGAUGUAAAGAGACAGAUGUCAAAUGAAAGUUUAAAUCUUGUUACAGAAGAAUUGUUAAAAUGCUCUCUACUGAGGAUGCUUUUAUUUUUAAUAAAGUCUUAAGAAACUUCAUGUGGAAAUA